GCCCUUGGCCUGUCCCUGACAUCCCAUCCGGGAGCAGUUACAGUAUAAGACUGCACAAGGGAGGGGCAAGGCGGUGGAGGAUCAGUCUUGGGCAGGUCAUUUGAGGAGUAUUGCACUGUGCUCAAUGAGUUAGUGUAGCCUUUUUGUGAUGGAGAAGGAGGCAAGCCAGUUGGAGAAGGACCACGUCCAUAGUGUGUAUGAGAAAAUUGCUCCUCACUUCCAUGAUGCACGCUACAAGGCUUGGCCAAAGGUACAACAGUUCCUUUCAGAUCAGGAACCAGGGAACCUGAUUGCUGAUAUUGGCUGUGGAAAUGGCAAAUACCUUCAUAUCAAUUCUCAAACCUAUAAGCUGGGCUGUGAUUACUGCUUCCCUUUGGUGGAGUCAGCACGAAAUGAUGGCCAUGAAGUAAUGGUGUGUCAUAGUCUGUGCCUGCCAUAUCGGAAUGAGUGUUUUGAUGCUGUCUUAUCCAUUGCUGCCAUCUGUGCAUCUCCCCUGAUUUAUAUCCUGACACCUCCUCGAACAGAGUAA